ACCUACAGUGAAGCGCCUUCCUUCUCUUGGCUUACCAUCGCUUCUGAUUCCAGAGUCCUAUAGAGUGCGGAAAUGGUCCGUUUGAUCCAAAUGGCGGGUAGAGCAUUUCGAUUUUCUUCUUCUUCUUCAUCCAAAACCCUGAUUUCACUGUUUCAACGAUCUCAUCUUCAAAUGGAACAACAACCCUUGUGCAACUCUCUAGUACAAUCUCGAAAUUAUAUAUCAGAGAUGCGCAAAUCGGCCUUUGAAGGAAAUAUACUGAGAAUUCUCCGCACGGAAAUCCAAUACGAAUCUGAAUACGCUCCUCCCAAACAGCCUGUAACGGAAUUCAAUUCAUUUACGGUGGAAGAUCGUCCGGGGGAGCAAUGGAUUAGACUGAGAGGGAAGUAUGGAAAGGAAGAUAUUAAAGUUGAGGUUACAAUGUUCGACGGAAGUCUCCCUGUUCCUAAAGCCACUGAGGAUGGUCAGGGAGAGGAUGCGCAGCUUCACAUCAGCUUGAUUGUUGAUGUCUCGAAGGGAGAGGGUUGCGAUGUUUUGGAGUUCGUGUGCUCGGCAUGGCCGGAUUCCCUGGAGAUUCAGAAAAUUUUCAUGCUUAGACGUGGUGGAAUGCCGGCAAGGCCUUAUGUUGGACCUGAUUUUAAGGAUUUGGACGAUGAGCUUCAGAAUGCUUACCACGAAUUCCUUGAGGAGAGGGGGUUAAACGAUGAGCUUGCUGUUUUCUUGCAUGAGUAUAUGGUGAACAAAGAUAAAACUGAGUUAGUGCGAUGGCUGGGAAACAUAAAAUCUUUUAUUGAGAAGUAGUGAGACUUGAUGGCUGGAAUGUCAAAUCUGUUAUUGAGAAAAAGUGAGAUUUGUUUAUCAAUGCUCCUCUUCUAUCCUCUUUUUGCACCCUUGCCUUCUAUUUUUGAUAUAAAUUUUUUAAAGGAAGUUAACUACUAUACUUUGUGUGCAAAUCUUACUCUGUACCAGAUGAUUUUUGUGUCUAUGCAUGUAGGCACAUGCACAUGUUGGAUCGUACAUAUAUAGAAAUGAAUUAAUUAUUGAAUGACAA